GAAAAAGAGGAGAGCAGGCGGUGGAUGGGAGUCCGGCUGAGAGACAACAUGGUGUGAAGACGCAGCAGCACCAUCCUCAUGUAGACUAGUGACAUCCACAGAUCACCUGAACCUGUGCACCAUCAGCAUCCACACCUCCACACCAGGGGGAAGAGGACGACCAGGUGGUGGGAGGAGGUCUGUGCUCCCUCUUGGUUCUUGUUCUGGUUUUGUGUUUGUUGGCUGUGGGAGUGGGCUCAGGGCUGGACCGCAUGCAUGACACAACGCAAAGGCGAGAAACCCACCAUCAGCAUCCAGGAGCACAUGGCCAUUGAUGUGAGCCCUGGACCCAUCCAGCCCAUCAAGCAGAUUUCUGACUACUUCCCCCGGUACCCGCGGGGACUCCCCGCUGUGGUGACCCGCCAAGCGGGCCACACGGGGCACCUGCGUUCUGCCCUUUCGUCCUCCACCUCGGCCAAUGCUGCCGAAAGUGAGCCGACUCGCCCCAAUGAGGAUAACCCAGACCGGGCUUGUGCAGGUGCGUCCGCCUCCUUGCAGGCCAUCAAGAAGGACGAGGAGCCUGAUGUGGAGGGAUAUGACUCGGAUGACUCCACUACACUCGGGAUUUUGGACUUCAGUUUGCUGUACGACCAGGAAAACAACGCACUGCACUGCACCAUCAACAAAGCCAAGACCGGUGUGGUGAUGAAGGAGCUGAGCCAGAAGGCAAGACUCUCAAAUUACCAGUCAGUUUACUCUCCUAUCCUCACCUAUGGUCAUGGAGUUUGGGGCGAGAAGGUCGACUGUCCGGGAGGGACUCAGAGUAGAGCUGCUUCUUUGCGUCAAGAGGAGCCAGCCGCUACACUCGGGAUUUUGGACUUCAGUUUGCUGUACGACCAGGAAAACAACGCACUGCACUGCACCAUCAACAAAGCCAAGGGGCUCAAGCCAAUGGACCACAACGGGCUCUCGGACCCUUAUGUCAAGUUGCAUCUACUUCCCGGUGCCAGUAAGGCCAAUAAACUUCGAACCAAGACCCUGCACAACACACUCAACCCCAUCUGGAAUGAGACCCUGACCUACUACGGCAUCACAGAUGAGGAUAUGGUUCGCAAAACACUCAGGAUUUCGGUGUGCGACGAGGACAAAUUCCGCCACAACGAGUUCAUCGGAGAAACACGAAUCCCCCUCAAGAAGCUGAAGCCCAACCAAACCAAGAACUUCAACAACUGCCUGGAAAAACAGCUUCCUGUCAACAAAGCAGAAGACAAGUCACUUGAGGAACGAGGACGUAUCAUGAUCUCCCUCAAGUACAACACCCAGAAGUCCUGCCUGGUGGUCGGCAUCAUACGCUGCGCUCACCUCGCCGCCAUGGAUGCCAAUGGCUUCUCUGACCCCUACGUCAAAACGUACCUGAAGCCUGACGAGAACAAAAAGUCAAAGCACAAGACGACUGUGAAGAAGAAGACACUCAAUCCUGAAUUCAACGAGGAGUUCUGUUAUGACAUCAAAUAUGCAGACCUUACCAAAAAGACCUUGGAGGUGACAGUGUGGGACUACGAUAUCGGCAAGUCCAACGAUUUCAUAGGUGGUGUUUCUCUGGGUAUAAAUGCAAACGGGGAGCGGCUGAAACACUGGUUUGACUGCCUCAAAAACAAGGACAAGAAAAUCGAGCGCUGGCACACGCUGACCAAUGAAUUACCCGGUUCGAUAAAUGACUGAAGACCCACAACUGGCCCCCGGCUCCACCAGAACAGACUCCAGCCUUCAACGUAUUCUUCCUCCCAGCUCUUCUUUGGAUUCCCGUCGUCAUGCUGGCCGCAGUGACCUGUGACCUCUGACUGGGAAUCUUUUCUCUUGACAGGGUUCAAGAAAAUAUCUAAAACCAUGCAGUUGUGUCAAGAAAAUCUUCAUGUGUAGAAGGUUUUAUAAGGUGUAAAAUGAGUGAGUGAAGUAAAAGGAUGGAGAGGAAACAUGUUGGAUUUGAAGUAGUUUCCACCUUUCAAUGUCAUCUUCACGCUUCAGUAAAAAUAAAGCCUCCAUACUGACAUAUUUGGUGAGGAAAAAUAUUCUCACAUCACAUGAAGCAAAGCUUCAUACCGAGAGAGUGUCGAGAAAUAGUCUGAGGAAUAACGUUCAUCUUCUCCAACGCAGACGUUCCGUCAAACUGACACACGUAAAUUACAGUGUUACAGUAGAAUAAGCAAAUUGGUAACAAGAUAUAAUCUGCAUAUUCACCUUGCAGUACUAAAACUGGCUAAAAUUCAAGCUGCAUAUUUUGUACAUUUAAUAAAA